AUGUCUGAUCCCGAUAAGGGCCUUUGGAAUCCGGCAUUUAUGACCAGCGCUCAACAGCAACAGCUGCAGUUGCAACAGGCUGCUGCUGCUGCUGCUGCCACGAAUAACGGAACAACAAAUCACGGGUUCAGAAACCCCUGGCACGACGCGGGGGCUUCAAAACGCAAUUCCCUGGUCUUUUCACAUCAACAGCAACUUCCAACGACUUAUGAGGAGGAACUCAUUAGCAGAGCUCGAAGGCGGAACUCGAGCCUGGUGGUGCCACCUCCAAGAGCGGCAGGUCCGGCUCCUGAUGCGUAUCCACCUUCUCAUCAUGCGUUUCUCCCAUUCCAAGGAUACCCUAACUAUGCGCAAGAAAUGCACCGCCGUCAGUCAGUUGCAGUGGCGCCCCAGCAUGCUUUCGCACUCCCUCCCACCACUGCAAAUACCGCAGCUGCAGCUGCAGCCGCCGCUGCGGCUGCUUCAGCUUUGCCAGAGUCUCAGUUUCAUGCGCCGAUGUCCCCCUUCCAUCGAAAACUAAGCUCAUACAACACCAGCGGCCACGUACCACUACCUUUAUCGCCGCCAAUGAAACAGCUGCGAAGACAUCAAGACGACAUAAUUCCGGUUGUGCUGCCACAGACUCACAGGGUUACUUCUAAACACGACCUGCGUCCCACUUCGAAUGCUACACCUAAGUACAGACGAGCGUCGCUCGACUCCAGAACGGUCUCACCACUUGUUGCUCUCACCAAGGCUCUCACCACCACUUACACUCUCUGUUCACCGGAAUUUUCCUAUCAGACCUCGCGAAAUCCGAAACGAGUAUUGACCAAGCCCAGCGAGGGCAAGCAUAAUAAUGGUUUUGACAACAUCAACAGCGACUACAUCUUAUACGUUAACGAUGUUCUUGGCACCGAACAAAAUCGAAAAUAUUUGGUGCUGGACAUUUUGGGUCAAGGCACUUUUGGUCAGGUAGUUAAAUGUCAAAAUAUGUUGACCAAAGAAAUCGCAGCUGUUAAGGUGGUGAAAUCGAAAAGUGAGUAUUUGAAUCAAAGCAUCACUGAGGCAAAAAUUUUGGAGCUACUUAACACCAAGAUCGACCCCAAGGGCGAACACCACUUUUUGCAGAUGCACGAAACAUUUGUUCACAAGAACCAUUUGUGUCUUGUGUUUGAGUUGUUGAGUAGCAAUCUUUAUGAGCUGCUCAAACAAAAUCAGUUCCAUGGUCUUUCUAUGAGUCUUAUCAGGACCUUUGCUCGCCAGUUACUUGACUCUCUGUGUGUGUUGAAAGACAACAAAUUGAUACAUUGCGAUUUGAAGCCAGAAAACAUUUUACUAGUCUCGCUUGACCGACCCGAACUGAAGGUAAUUGAUUUUGGAUCUGCCUGUGAAGAAUCAAGAACCUUAUACACUUACAUUCAGUCGCGGUUUUACAGAGCACCCGAAAUUAUCUUGGGAAUUCCAUAUUCCACGGGCAUUGAUAUGUGGUCCCUAGGUUGCAUCAUUGCAGAAUUAUUUCUUGGCAUACCAAUCUUCCCCGGCUCGUCAGAGUUUAAUCAAAUCACCCGUAUAGUCAACACCCUGGGUUUACCGCCAACUUGGAUGCUGGACAUGGGCAGAAACUCCGGUAAUUUUCUAACCAAGUCAGAGGAUGAUGGAAAGUCCUGGAAUGUCAAGGCUGUAGAGGAAUACAACGCUGACUUCCAUGCAAAUGAAAAUCCCGGAAAGCAGUAUUUCAAAUGGACUAAAUUGGAGGACAUCAUUGAUAACUACCGGUUUUCCAAAAAGUUGCUAGGCUCUCCUUAUUUUAUGGAGAAAGAGAAGCUAGAUCGAAAGUGCUUGACGCAUUUUUUGAAGGGUUUACUGGAUUUGAACCCUCUAGAGAGAUGGACACCUCCUCAAGCGGCCAUGCACCCGUUCAUCACCCAACAACCAUUUACUGGUGAAUGGUACCCGCCCGGUACUGAACCUAGAGCUGCAGGAAAGGUCCCGCAGUCGGAAGAUGUAACCGCCACCUCAGAGAUCGAUAAAUUGAAAAUUGGCCACUGA